UGCGCUUACGUGGUGAUCAUCAUGGCGACAUACUGGGUGACGGAGGUGCUGCCCAUUCCCGUGACGGCGCUUAUCCCCGUCGUGAUGUUUCCCGUCCUCAACGUCGUGCCCGCCAAAGUCAUCACCAAGGCCUACAUCAAUGACACGAUUCUGCUCUUCAUAGGAGGUCUGUCAGUAGCGAUAGCUAUCGAACGGUGGAACUUGCAUAGGAAGAUAGCGCUCAGAAUACUCCUCAUAGUGGGCUCAGAACCAAGAUGGCUGAUGUUUGGUUUGAUGAUAUCGAGCUGGUUUCUCUCCAUGUGGAUCAGCAACACGGCCACGACGUCCAUGCUGGUUCCCAUAGUGGAGGCCAUCCUCGUGCAGCUCAAGGGAACGCACGACAUCGUCAAGGAUCAAACACACAGUGACACGUUUGUAGCCGAUAAUGGAGAAAUAACUGUGAUGGUUGACAUGAAAACCGAAAAGCCUACUGGGAACGUGGAGUCACGUGACGGGGAAUCGAAGCAGAUUUCCAAUGGCGAUGAAUCAAAGACGCAAGAACAAAAUUCCCCUGCAUCGCUGGAGGUCUCCGACGACAUCUACAAUCGCCACUACACGAGGAUGUGCAAGGCGCUGUCGCUGUGUAUCUGCUACGCCGCCAACGCAGGCGGCAUGUGUAGUCUGACGGGGACGGCUCCCAACCUGGUGCUCAAGGGACAAUCAGACAUUCUGUACGAGAAAUAUGGCGGGGUAUCUCCGGUGAAUUUCGGCAGCUGGAUGGGCUUCGGUCUUCCUCUUGGUUUCAUCGUCCUCAUCAUCACGUGGGUGUGGCUUCAGAUCUUCUUCCUCAGAUGCAGCGAUGGGUGCACCUGUCUGAAGUCCGACUCGGCGAGGAAGAAGCAGUCUUCCAGGGUGAAGAAAGUCAUACAGAGCGAGUACGACAAGCUAGGACCUGUGACGUUUGCACAGCGUGGAGUAUUAUUUGUCUUUGCACUUCUUGUUGUGCUGUGGAUAUCACGUGACCUUGGAGGAAUUGGAGGUUGGGGAAACCUCUUUGAUAAAGGCAUGGUAAAGGACUCCACUCCAUCAAUACUAUGCGCCAUACUUCUUUUCAUUAUCCCGUCAUCCAAGCCCGACAUCUUCUGCUGGCGAGACCGGACGCCUGGUGCUGAGCGGAAGCCGUACAAGCCUCUCCUGGAGUGGAAGGUCGUGCACGAGAAGAUGCCCUGGGCUCUCUUCCUGCUCAUUGGAGGAGGAUACGCUCUCGCCAAGGCCUGCGAGGAUUCUGGCCUAUCAGCAUGGGUUGGCCUACAGCUGACAGUGUUUAAAGACUUCCACCCGUAUUUGAUGCUGCUAAUACUGUGCUACAUCACUGCUGCAGCUACUGAAGUUACCAGCAACACGGCUAUAGCAAACCUCAUCAUCCCCAUCAUGUCCUCGCUGGCUCUCAAUACUGGAGUUAACCCUCUCUUCUACAUGUUUCCUACCGCCAUAGCGACGUCAUUUGCAUACAUGUUACCAGUGGCAACGCCACCAAAUGCCAUUGUGUUUUCAUAUGGACAUCUAAGGGUUAUCGACAUGGUCUCUGCUGGCUUCAUUCUCAACAUCCUGGCCGUCCCGCUGUUGCUACUGGCAACAGCCACGUGGGGUACGGCGCAGUUCGAUUUCGACGUGCUUCCAGACAUCUUCAGACACAAUCUCACACUGAACGCGACUAUAUAAAUGUUAUCAAGAUCUACCAAAGAGCAACUCCAGGCGGACUCUGUAAUAUUAGUAUGUUGUUAUACCUGUGAGGUAUAUAUCCACAUAUAUAUGCCAAAACAUAAUACCUGCAGUCCGUCCCAGCCUCCGUAAACAAUAUUUUUGUAAAUAAUUUUAUUUUGAUAUGGACAUAACAAAACAAACAAAAACACUUUUUUUUUUUUUUUUUUUUUUUUUUUUUUUUUGGUAAUUUAGAAAACAAUCGGCUCAGAAAUAAAUAACUUGUAGUACAAAUGCCAUACUAAGACAACGGCGCUCUGUGUGGGAAGGACUAUAAAAGUCUCCACUAAAGGUGUUAUCUCAAAGUUACAUAAUAUCGGCUUCCCGCUAAAAUUGUUUAUUAAGUUUGUCAUUGAAUAGUAAACAUUAUACCUUCAACUGCAUGCCCAUUAAAAUAUUUUAAUUUAAUGGUAGAAAACAAUAUUAGAGAAUCUAUAGAGAACGACUGGCCAAACUAGGCGUGAACACCCUGUAUGAUACAGUGUGUCGUUAUACUACGAUGAUGGUGUUGUCGGCAAGUUGGCUGUCCGUGCAACUCAUCUGUCGCUGACGGCUCUAUCAGGACGCCGACAACUUGCCAGAUUUGUAGAUUCUCCAGUUUCAUAUAAGAGAUUUGAUAAGACAGGAAUCCAGUCAUUUGGAACGUGAUUUUGUUUACACGGCAUGCGAGCACAUCACAGUAUCGACAUUCCCGAUUUAUUUGUGCCGAGAUUAUGUGUGGGAUCCAUUAACGUGUAGUUAUUUUAAAACAGUAACUGUGAAAAUAGCUCUUGUAACUAUGGCAUAGCACCUUUAAGCGUUUUAACAAACUUUGGAAAACAUUAUUAAAAUGUUGUCGUGCAUCGUGCAUGAACUCAGUAAUUGAACACACACGAACAUUCCAAGCAAGAAACUGUCAUUUACGUUUUAUUCAGAACAGUACCAUGUUUUUAGAGGACCAUGCAUCUGGAAACGUAAACUUGCUGAUCAAGCUGAAACACUUUCCUUCAGAUACUAGCUCCUCUUCACAGAAAUCUCAGGUUUGAGUCAAUGUAUAUAGAACUCACGAGGAGUGCAUCGGAUGCACUCGGUGACCAAGUCCAAUUUUUACAAACAUUUCAUACAGAGAGAUCUGAGGCAAUCAAUUAUAAAACAGGUCUGCCGUCCCUUGUAACAGUUAAUCGGUAUUGGCACUGCGUCUGCUAGUUACUGCAUACAGGCCCGGUUCUAGUGUGGUUAUUUAACCAGAAGAUUCCAUAAAAAUGUCGUUGUAUGAUAUAAUAUCACAUGUAUUUAGACACUGGACGUAUAUAAUCAGCGAUUGUGUGUUAACUGUUAAUGUAUGCUGUUUAAAUGAAGAAUAAACGAGUAUAUGAGAUUA